UUGGAUCGGUAGAACUAGAUCAUUCAAGUCAUAUGUGAGCCCGUCACAUUUUUACAGAUAAGUAAAGGGUCAUUUAGUGGGGCGCUGAACAAUUGUCUGCAAAGCACUAACAGAAAACAUGGCGGCCGUCCCAACAUCUCUCCUCGCUAUCCUGGUGGUUCUAGUGACAGUUGAAUCUAAGUGUCCUCUGGACUGGGUGGAAUAUGACAACAACUGUAUCCAGUUCAACAAGGACCAACACACGUGGAUGGACGCCGGGGGUCACUGUCGAAACAUGGGCGCGCACCUGAUCACGGUAGACUCCGAGGCCAAGGACAACUUUAUCAAACAGUUUCUUAACGUUUUUGCAAGUGAACAUCUGAAUAUCUGGUGGAUCGGGGGUUCAGAUUUUGCUAAGGAGGGGGUCUGGCAGUGGUUGGCGGGGGGAUCCGUCAGCACCUACAACGGAUGGGGCCCUGGUCAGCCAGACGGUAACAACACAGCCAACUGUAUGACGUACCGGUUCUUCAACCACACCAUCAUUGGGUGGGCGGAUGACGUCUGCUCCCCCCACACUCACCACGGACACCAUACUCACAUGCCAGGAUACAUCUGCGAAAAACCAAUGGACUCUUUUUCAACUCCACUGGGAAAGUAAACUACAAAAUCGUGUGAAUCUUCUAUAUGUGCUUCAUUCUGAUUAAAAAAUUUCAAAACA